AUGCAUCACAACGAUUCUUCCCAGAGCUCGCUCGAUGGAUCUCUCCGCAAAGGAGCGGCCAGCAAAGGUGCUGGGUCCUUUCGGUUGUCGCGGCCGAUCACCAUCUUGCUCGGAGUCGCCUCUGUCGUAGCUGUCCUAGCGAUCGCCGUCCCUCUAGGAGUCUGCUUCGGUGGUGACGAUAGGUGUGGGAGGAGUUCUUCACAGGAAGCAAAAAGUCCCUCAGCUACCACCUCGAAGCUUUCUGAAGCUGCUUCCACCGCAGCGCCUGUGACGUUUCCCACGCCGACUGUCACACCUCUGACAGAGAGCACCAAUCCGCUGCUAGUCCAGGGCUUCGAAUGGUACAUCCCCAAAGACGGCAAGCAUUGGCAUCGUCUGUCUUCCGUAUUGGGUCAACUGCAUCAAAUCGGUGUAACCAAUCUCUGGAUUCCACCGCCGACCAAGGCAGCUACCGAAGGAAGUAUUGGUUACGAUGUGUACGAUCUGUGGGAUCUGGGCGAGUUCGAAACCCAUGGUCGUACCGCCACCGCUAUGGGCAGCAAGGACGACUUGGCUCAACUAGCCGAAGAGGCCCACAAGUGGAACAUCGGGAUCCUCGCCGAUGCUGCAUUGAACCAGCGAAGUGGUGCGGACCACGUAGACUCGUGCGCUAUAACGCGACUCAACCCGGAGAAUCGAGAGCAGGCCAUCAACCCAACUCGAGUGUCGCCGGUGUGGGUGGGCUUCAACUUCUCAUCACGCGGCAACCGCUACAGCAACAAGCUAUGGAGCUGCGACGACUUCUCGGCCAUCGACUACGACCAAGGCACGGACGCUAAGGGCGUCUUCAAAGUGGACGGCGUGAACAAUGAUUUCGCCACCGACGUCUCAACAGAGAACGGGAAUUUUGACUACCUCCUACUCGCCGACGUCGCCUACGCAAAUCCGUCCGUGCGUGCCGACGUCAAGCUCUGGGGAAGUUGGGUCACCGGCCAGCUGGGCCUUUCCGGUUUCCGCAUCGACGCCGCCAAACACAUUUCCCGAGCCUUCAUCCGAGAGUGGGUCACCAGCAUCCCAACCAGUUCCGCCAUGACCUUUGUGGCCGAGUACUGGACAACCAACACCGAAGGCCUCAUCGCCUACCUCGAGGGCAUCGACCAUGUCGCCCGAGUCUUCGACGUCCCGCUCCUGGACAAAUUCGCAGCCCUCGGCCGCGGCGACGAGACCUCGCUGGCCACGAUGCUCAACGACACGAUCCUGUCCCAGCAGGCAGACAGCGCCGUCACCAUUGUCGCCAAUCACGACACUCAAGCGGGUCAGGACGCCGACACGAUGCUCGUAGAAGAGUGGUUCCGGCCACAGGCCUACGCCUUCACGCUGCUAAGGCAGGAGGGCUACCCUUGCAUCUUCUACGGUGACCUGUUUGGCAUGUACAACGAGUCAGGAGAGUUCGCUCCAGCUCAGAACGCGGCGGUCAUUGGCAAGCUGGCGGCCGCGCGAGCGUACUUUGCGUAUGGCGAGCAGGAGGAUUAUGCCAGCGAUGAAUCGUCUGUCAUGGGCUGGACGCGGAGUGGUGAUGACAAGCACGCAGAUGGCCUGGCGGUCACGAUCUCGAGUGUGGAGGACAUCUCAUCGGCGUCUGUCUCCAUGGCUGUCGGAAAGCAGCAUGCGGGUGAGACGUGGAUCGAUGUCCUUGGCGCCGUCAAGGACUCGGUCAAGAUUAAUGAUGACGGCGAGGGCGACUUCCCCGUUCCGCCGAAGAGCGCGAGCGCGUUCGUGAAUAAGGACGCCUGGGAUAAGGUGCCCAUUACGGAUUGGAGCUUCAAGAUAUACGACUAA